AGCGGAGCUGCAGUGAUCAGCGGACCUCCUUGACAGCAAGAGGUUGCGAAGAUCCUUCGUACAUAUAGGGAAUUGUGACGUUACAAGGCAGUGCUGCUGAAGUCGCAUGUUCGCUGAUGUGCGAAUUACAAAUCGAAGUCAUUUCCCGUGUCUUUUUUUACAGCAUGCCUUGUACCCUGUGUAUGCAUGCUUCCACAUGUAUUCUCGUCAGCCGUGUCGCUGCCGAUCAUCAGCUGCUCCAAGCUGCUUGAUCAUUGGCAAGCGGCUUGCGAUCGCGGCUUCUGGACCGCCACGGAGCUGUCGCAGCAUAUGCCGUGAACAUGGACCAAAAAGCCCGUUGACAGCACGCUUAGCCUCGGAAAGGCAGACUCCUCGCACUCAUCAUCAGCACGUCAAUCGUCUAGCAACUUCAAGCCAUCCCCGCCGACCGCGACGAAGCCGACGCCAAACUCGUCGUCGAUUUCGCCGGCGCCAGGCUGACAGCCACCGCCGGAACAACGCUCCCAGCGACCAAAGCACCGCCCUUGAUCGAGUAGCCGCGGCGAGUGAUCUCCGCUUCGUACGAGGCCAUUUGCCGCCGGUAGUCCUUGAGGUAGACCUCGAUGAUGUCCUGUUUCAUGAGCGCGUUGUUUUGCGCCGUCGUCCAUUCGUUGAGAUCGAGUUUGAGUUGGAUUUGCGCUGCGGGCGUGUGAGCGUGCACGUAAAAACAGGGAUCCAAACAUACAUGGAGUGAUGAUGACUGGGAUGGGUAGGGAGACUUACAUGGUUGGCCCGGCCCAUACAAUGACAGAUGCUUUGCCGAUUCCUUGUGGUUAACGAGCGCCUCGCACGCAUCCUUCACCCGCUCAAGCAGACUCA